UUAAUUGUAGUCAAUUUUCCAUGUCAGCUGCCGGUGGUACAUUCAGCUGGUUCACCGUCUCUUAGAAUAGGCUUCUAUAGACGAUCUUAUCCAGCCGCCGAAUCCAUCGUCAGAAGAAUCGUGAGAAGGACGGUGUCUCAAAAUCCCGGCAUUGGUGCAGGACUCAUUAGGUUGCACUUUCACGACUGCUUCAUCCGGGGUUGUGAUGGUUCAGUGUUGCUGAAAUCCCUCCCAAGUGGCCCGAAAGCAGAGAGAGACCACCCGGAUAUUUUGAGAGGGUUCAACAUCAUCGCGAGAGCCAAAAGAAGAAUCGAACGUGUCUGCCCUAACACCGUCUCGUGCACCGACAUUCUCGCUUUCGCCGCCAGGGACAGCUCCCAAUACUCGGACGCAUCAACUACCCUGUCCCCGCUGGCCGCCGUGAUGGCAUCGUCUCCAGCUUCAACGAGGUCACGCAAAACCUCCCUUCCCCGAGACUCACGGCCGACCAGCUUAUUCAAAACUUCGCCAGGAAAGGGUUGUCGGCGGACGAGAUGGUGA